AUGGCAACAACUGAGGAAAUAGUCGCACAAUACGAAGAGAUGUUUUCUAAACGAUUUACGAGCGAAGAUGAGGAAUACAUGAAGACAGUGAACAAGCCUCAGGCUUCUCCUCCCUGCCUUACGGAUUGGAUAAACACUGGCUACAGAGACAGGUAAUAUGAGUCAUGGAACAAUUUUACAAUGCCUUCUCACUUCGUUGCAUAUGCCUGAAUGCGUUGUAGGUAUCGAGAAGCAAAAAUACAUGUUGUAGUGACACUGGAAGUGGACAUGAAACCCGGAAUAUCCCGAAAAAAACGUACAAUGAGUGAAGUGCAAAUUACAACCAGAAACCCUGGCUCUUAUCUUAAAAAUAUUAAUAAUUCUCCUUCUGGUUGUUCGUUUAUCUGUUUUCAUUUGGUUUGUUUAUAUGUCUUAUGGUGUGUUCCAGGUUUUCUCAGUUAAUUUAUUUCACUGUGUGUGAAAGAAAUGUGCAGAAAUGCUGUUUUUGCACACCUGACCUUGUACCCUAAAAUCUUCUGCCAUUUCCACUAUCGGGCAUAUUACGAAUUCACAAUUUCCUGCUCUCCAGUUGGCUUGUUAAGCUCAAUGGAUAGAGUGUUGUGCCUGGUCAUCACAAAGAGCAAGCCUGAAAUUUUUCAGGUUCUUUUUCGAGCACUUAGGUUGUUCACUCUACUGCAAUGGUCACUUUCAUAUCUUUAUCCACAGUUCAAAAUAUUAUUCGUUUUAUAUAUUUUAAUUCAAGUCAUUUCCACCAAUGGAUAUCUUAUGAACUCGCAAUGGCCUGCUCUUCAGUUAGCUUGAUAGGUUCAAUGGAUAGGGUAUUGCAUCCAGUCAUUGCAAAGGUCAGGGUUUGAUUUCUGGUCAAGCCUUAAUUUUCUCAGGUUCUUUUUCAACUGCUUACAGUGUUCCAGUUAAUUCUUUUAGGCAGGGGGUCAUGUAGACCAUCUGAGGGGUUCAUCAAGACCAUGUGCUAAUCUUUUAGUUAUAUUUAACUUUAACACUUAUAUGUCGUCUGUCAGGUCAGGAAGCCUUCUUUGUCAGGUCAUUUACCCGAGACUAGUCUCUUAUCUGGAACACUAUGCUUAGGUUGUUCAUUCUGUUAGGAAGAUCAUGAUUACUUUCUUAUCUUUAUCCAGAGUUCAAAAUAAUUAUUCAUUUCUUGUAUUUCAAUUCAUAUCCAUUUACUCUGGGAUUGCCUUCCCCUUCCCCCUGAAAGUAUGACCAGUCAGUAGAGUGCUAGACUACAGAGCAGUAGCAGGCCAGACCAGCACUCAGGGUCUUAAAAUAACUUAGAUUUGAAGAUCAAAUAGCUGGACCUUCACAUACUUCAGAUGACUAUAUUGAAAAGGGGGUCUCUUCCCUGACAGGAGAUAUAAAAAUAGUAUGAUCUUAGAUACAUUUCAGUACUUCUGUGUUAAGGACUUUGACAUGUAGAUAAAUAAUGUCUUUUUAAUCUUUAUUAUCUGGUUUUUUGUUUAUUUAAGUCUUACUUUCACUUGUUAGAAAAGUAUUGGAAUUUUGAUUUUACUUCAAACAAAGGUCAAUCUUUUUUGUAUUAUAAGUAAAGUUUCCCUUUGCAUAUUUUUUCUGUCAUGAUUCAGUCGCCAUGACAGCAGAGGGGAUAGCAGGGGCUAUGAAAGAUCAAGACAUGACAGUGGGCGAGACUAUGGCAGGCGAUAUGGGGACCAUGGAGACAGACAUGAUGACAGAUCUCGGCAUAGAGAUGAUAGGUAUUAACAUUAUUAUGUAACAGUUAAUUUAAUUGCCUCCUGAAAUUCACAUUUCCAGAUACAGUACAUGUAUUGUUGGUGUUACUUAAAGUCAAGCCAAAGCUUUUAUUAUUUUGAUUAUUUCUUGUUUUCCAUACCAUCUGAUCAAACUUGCCAAACAUGCAGAAGUAAAUUUUUAUUAUAAUAAUUUUAGAUAUGAUGAUUGUUACCACUUUACCAGUUAUUUUCAAAGUUAGGAGGCUGAUAAUAAUGAAAUAAAUAUUGUUAUUUUGGUCAAACAUUCCAUAAGUGACCAGUACGCAAAUGCGAAGAGUUAGUGGUCACUUAGGCGAGGUGGUCACUUAUACAGUGUUCUCCUUAUCAAGCGGUAAGCGGUAAAAUUUACCGUCGAAACAACACUUCUUACCGCCUGGAAACGCUUGAAGGUUUACUAACAUAGAAUAAGUUGUGUUAAAAAAUAUGCAAGUUGUGAUCGGAUCCGAUUAAGGUAGUGAAUGAAUAUAUGGAAGUGUACUAAAGUAUACACAGCUUCUCUUUUUAUGGGCCAAGCAUUUUGGAAAGAGAGCAUUGAAGACAUUAUUGGAAUCAAACGUUUUAAAUUGUUGUCUAAAGAUAACGACUGCUGAUUUGCGUAAAAUAGGUCUUAAAAUUAGGGAAUUGCGUUUCAAAGAACUUAGCUCCUAAAUUGCACAGUGAGUCCCUCACUCCCCUACUCCCCUCCCCCCAGGAAAGUGUGCCUCUGGCACAUAUUUUUUGCCUUACCGGCCAUGAAUGAUCCCUUACCUGCUGAGCUAAAAUUUAAGGAGAACACUGCUUAUAAGAGUUGCCUUGCAAGCGGUGUUUUAGGAAGAGAAGCCCGACCAACUACUUUUUUGGAGAGAAUGUAUUGCAUGAAAUUUUUAGGUUAUAGUUAAUAAUAAAUUAUUCCAUGAGUGUGCAUGGGAUAUGAGAUGUUAGAUAGCCAACAAGGCAUGUGGUGCCGAGGUGGCUAUAAUUGUCUUGUAUCCAUCAACUGCCAGUGGAAUAAUUUUUGUAUUGAAAUUGCCCACAAAAUAUCAGGGUCCAAAAUUAACUUUUUGCUAUCGGCACCAACUGGUGAGCAAGUACAAAUUUCUGGUCACCAGAGGGCAAAAUGCAUUAUCACUUACGGGAGGUGGUCGUUUAUGAGAGGUGGUCACAGUUAGAAGUUCAACUGUAUUAGUAUUUCAGUAUAAAUGCACCAAACAAACAAAAGUCAUUUAUGAUUUCCUUUGUUAUUUGGUCCAGAUAUGGUGGACGCUAUCGAGAUGAUCGUCACAGAGGAUAUGAAGAUCGUAACAAACCUGCUACAGAAUACGGCUCUCGAGGAUAUUAUGAGUUCUUCUACUGA